UCAAAACAGUCUCCGUCCUUUUCUAUUUUUGUAGCACGUGCUCUGCUCUCGUGUAGCCAUAAAUAGAAAAUAGCCAUCAUUUCUAGGUUAUAUUUAAUUUGGCGUUGACAAGUUGUUAUCGUAACAAUUUUCAUAAGUAUGUUAUUUGUAUAAACAUAUAUACUAAUUUGUCAUUCCGAAUUGCUUUUAUAAUUUGUAACCAGAUCAGAUUAGAAUUAUCAAUAUUCAGUUUGGUGAUACAUGAACAGUUAACCAUUUUUUAAAUUCAGUUUAUUGUAAACAUUAAAAUUUGAUCAACUAUGGAAAAACGAAAGGUUCAUAGACUUAAAUGUUAUAAUUUAGAUCCUGAUCCUAUAUUAAGCUUAUCCUACAGUAAGUUGAAAUCUACAGUUGCAGCAUUGCGAAACAAUAGGAUAGAACUGUGGAAUAUAGCUGCAGUUCCUUUUCUUCAAGGAUCUUUAUUUUUCGAUAGCAGUCUUAAACUAAGAGUUAUAUCGUGGUGCGGCGAAAGGUUGAUGAGUGCUGAUUUGCAGGGCUUUGUCAGAGAAUUCGACGUCGUUUCCCUCAGUGAAAAGGCCAGCUACCCUGUUUCAUCUGGAGCUUGCCAUUGUAUUGCAAUCUCACCAGACAACACUCAAUUGGCGGCUGGGACGGAAGGCGGCUUCAUUAAUAUUUUCCAAGUUGGAAAUGGUUUGUUUCAAGUUGACAAACUUCUCCAAUGGCGCAAUAGGACGCUUUGUCUUAGUUGGAACAAGAAUGGAGAGUUUCUAGCUGCAGGCUCAGUAAACGAAAUUGUUAUCUGGAAAAUGGAAACCGGUACCAUACUGCACACUCUGAAAUUGCCAAGAAGAUUAAAGUCUGUUCCAGUGAUAGUUUGGUGUUUGGUUUUCACCGAAGAUGAUGAUGUAGCCUCUGGAGACUCAAGUGGAAAAUUGAGUAUUUGGAAUAUUCAUAAUGGAACAUGUGUACAAAGCUUCACUGAUCAUCAUGCCGAUAUUUUGGCACUCGCUCUCAGUGAAGAUAAACAAGGAAUCUACACAACAGGUGUAGAUACAAAAAUUCAGCUUUACAAAAGAGUCUAUUUCACGAGAAAGGAAAAAGUUGAGUGGAUAAGAUCCGGAAAUUUCAAAUUUCAUUCCCAUGAUGUGAAUGCUAUUGCUGUUUGUGAGGAUGACAAAAUUUUCACUGGAGGGGUUGAUUCUUACCUCGUCGCUUCAAAGCUGUAUCCACUGAUUUUCCAGCGGUAUCUUCCAUUGCCAGAGAACAAGUGUGUGUCAGUGUGCGAGAACGCACGCUGCGUGCUGCUGCGAUACCAGAAGCAUUUGGAGGUGUGGCGACUGCCCGCAAGCACAGCCACCGACCUGUUCGACUCGGCGCCCACCAAACUCAUCGAGAUGCACUCCAUCGAUGGCCAAACCAUUCUGUCUGCAAGUGCACCCAGUCACGCACAAAUGGCCGCAUACUCUACAAACACCACUGUUCGCCUGUUGAAGCUCGAUCUGUCGGUUGACCAACUACAAGUGAGAUCGUUACAAUUGAACGGACUCGAGUUGAAGAAGGCUCAGCACGUUGUUUUCUCGAAAGAUGGUAAAACUCUUGUGGUUGCCGAUAGCAAUAACUUGAUACAAGUCUUCUCCAUGAGUAAUUUAAGCAGCAACUACUCAAUUGAAUUCGGCAAAACUAAGGAAUUUUUGAACGACAGAAUAACGUUUCUGUCAGUGAGUUUCGAUGGGAGAUACAUAGCUGCCACUGGAACUCGAGGCCAGAUUACUAUAUGGAAGGACGGAGAGAACAUGAAAAAACCUCCGGUAUAUAAGUAUCCAGUCACUGCAUUGGUAUUUAAUUCAUGUGCAGAAAAGCCUCUCUUGUUUGCUGCUUAUUCUGAUUUCUUUUUCAUAGAGUACAGUAUUGAUGGAUUUGGCUACACAAAAUUCACUAAGAACGCACGCAUGGAUUUAGUGACUCAACACCUGGCCCAAGAUAAUUUUCCAGUUUUGAAUAUAUCUUUUGAUGAUAAGGAUGAAAAUAUCUUUACUUUACAAAAGGUGUCUGCUAUUUGCGCUGUUAAUAAGCAACUACUGACUUACCACUCCAAUGACAACAAACGAGAUGACGGAUCUCCGAACAAGAAGCGAGCUAAACUGGAUGUUUCAUUGGAAAUGGGCAAUCAGAACGAAAACAGCCAUACACCGAAUCAAGGAAAAUCGAAGGAAAUGAAGAAACGUCUUAACGGGCCCAACUAUCGUUUUGAGAAUGCAAGAGAAUUUAUUUUGACAAAGAAGCAAAUGGAUCUUACCAAGAAUUUGUCUAAAACAAGGGGACUGAAUGUUUUCAGGAAAUAUGAGAAUGUACUAUACUUCGGGGGCUUUGACGAGGAGGAGAUGUUGUCAGUGGAGAUAGCAUCGACUUCAGCUCUCAACAAGCUGCCACCUGUUCUCAAAACCAAACAGUUCGGUAGAGGCUAAUGUUGAGAAGAAGAUAUAUAUUUGCAGAAAUAUUCCAUUCAAGUUACUUCAGGAUCUACCGUUUGGACCCCACCAACAUUAUUUUUAGUGACCAAGUUGGACAAAUAAAUAUUGGAUUGAAAUCACGACUCGCUAUUGACUGAGUAUUAUUGUACUUGCAUAUAUUUUUUCUAGUCAGCGAAAACCUGAUUCGAAAUUCAACCUGUUUUCAAGCGUUUCACUGAUGAACCUUUGCAACAACCCUAAUAUAUGAAAAACAUUGCAAGAUAAUACAGUGGAUAAAAAUUGAAAAUCAUCAUUUUUCUUCUACUAUUUAACCUAAAUAACUUCAAAUAACCACACAAAGUCAAAUUAACAAACACUUGACUUGAAAACUAGGUAGCGAGUCGAGAACUCGAUCCAAUAAUUUAUUUGUCACUAUAAUGUAGGUGUGAUGAAGCCUCAGACAUUUUAACAAAGUAGACCGCAUUGUAUUUUGUACAAUUUAUGUUUCAUAUAUGCAAAAUAUAUAACUAUA